CAGACCGGGGUGGAGGCGCCGGGAGCAGCAACCGGAGCCCUGACGCGCGCGGAUCAUUGCUCUAUGGGCACAGCCCACGCCCCACGCCCCGCACCACCAUGAACCACUCUCCGCUCAAGACCGCCUUGGCCUACGAAUGCUUCCAGGAUCAGGACAACUCGACGCUGGCUCUGCCGUCCGACCAGAAGAUGAAGACCGGUACGUCGGGCCGGCAGCGCGUGCAAGAGCAGGUGAUGAUGACCGUCAGGAGGCAGAAAUCCAAGUCGUCCCAGUCGUCCACCCUGAGCCACUCCAACCGAGGUUCCUUGUACGAUGGCCUGGCCGACAAUUACAACAACUACGGGACCGCCAGUCGGGGCAGCUACUACACCAAGUUCCAGGCGGGCAACGGCUCGUGGGGCUAUCCGAUCUACAACGGGACCCUCAAGCGGGAGGCGGACAACAGGCGCUUUAGCUCCUACAGCCAGAUGGAGAGCUGGGGCCGGAACUACCCCCGCAGCGGCUGCCACGCCCCGGGCGCGGGCAGCGACAUCUGCUUCAUGCAGAAGAUCAAAGCCAGCCGCAGCGAACCCGACCUCUACUGCGACCCCCGGGGCACCCUGCGCAAGGGCACGCUGAGCAGCAAGGGCCACAAGACCACCCAGAACCGCUACAGCUUCUACAGCACCUGCAGCGGCCAGAAGGCCGUCAAGAAGUACCCGGUGUGCCCACCCUCCUGCACGCCCAAGCCGGACCCUGUGUACAUCCCGCCUGUCUCCUGCAGCAAGGACCUGUCCUUCAACCACUCGAGGGCCAGCUCCAAGAUCUGCAGUGAGGAUAUUGAGUGCAGCGGGCUGACCAUCCCGAAGGCCGUGCAGUACCUGAGCUCGCAGGACGAGAAGUGCCAGGCCAUUGGUGCCUACUACAUCCAGCACACCUGCUUCCAGGACGAGUCUGCCAAGCAGCAGGUGUACCAGCUGGGGGGCAUCUGCAAGCUGGUGGAACUCCUGCGCAGCCCCAACCAGAACGUGCAGCAGGCUGCGGCCGGGGCCCUGCGCAACCUGGUGUUCCGCAGCACCACCAACAAGCUGGAGACGCGCCGGCAGAACGGCAUCCGCGAGGCCGUCAGCCUCCUGGGGAGAACCAGGAGCACAGAGAUCCAGAAGCAGCUGACUGGGCUGCUGUGGAACCUGUCCUCCACGGACGAGCUCAAGGAGGAGCUGAUCGCAGACGCCCUGCCGGUCCUGGCCGACCGAGUCAUCAUCCCCUUCUCCGGCUGGCGUGACGGCAACAGCAACCUGUCCCGGGACACCGUGGACCCCGAGGUCUUCUUCAACGCGACAGGCUGCUUGAGGAACCUGAGCUCCGCGGAUGCAGGCCGCCAGACCAUGCGAAACUACACGGGGCUCAUUGACUCCCUCAUGGCCUAUGUCCAGAACUGCGUGGCGGCCAGUCGCUGUGAUGACAAGUCUGUGGAGAAUUGCAUGUGUAUCCUGCACAACCUCUCCUAUCGCCUGGACGCCGAGGUGCCCACCCGCUACCGCCAGCUGGACUACAAUGCCCGUAACACCUACACCGAGAAGUCCUCCACCGGCUGCUUCAGCAACAAGAGCGACAGGAUGAUGAACAACAACUACGACUGCCCGCUUCCCGAGGAGGAGCCCAACCCCAAGGGCAGCAGCUGGCUGUACCACUCCGACGCUAUCCGCACCUACCUAAACCUCAUGGGCAAGAGCAAGAAGGACGCCACCCUGGAGGCGUGCGCAGGCGCCCUGCAGAACCUGACAGCCAGCAAGGGGCUGAUGUCCAGUGGCAUGAGCCAGCUGAUCGGGCUGAAGGAGAAGGGCCUGCCGCAAAUCGCCCGCCUCCUGCAGUCCGGCAACUCAGACGUGGUGAGGUCUGGUGCCUCCCUCCUAAGCAACAUGUCCCGCCACCCUGUGCUGCACAGAGUGAUGGGGAACCAGGUAUUCCCAGAGGUGACCCGACUCCUCACCAGUCACACCGGCAACACCAGCAACUCGGAAGACAUCUUGUCGUCGGCCUGCUACACCGUGAGGAAUCUGAUGGCCUCCCAACCACAGAUGGCCAAGCAGUACUUCUCCAGCAACAUGAUCAACAAUGUCAUCAACCUGUGUCGCAGCAGUGCCUCCCCCAAGGCUGCAGAGGCUGCCCGACUCCUCCUGUCUGACAUGUGGUCCAGCAAGGAGCUGCAGGGGGUCCUCAGACAGCAAGGCUUCGACAGGAACAUGUUGGGAGCUUUUCCCGGGGCCAACACCUUCAGGAACUUCACCUCCCGGUUCUAAGAGGCUGCCCACGCAAGCUCAGCUUGCAGACGUGACGUGACUAGCUGAGAAGCCACGGGUCUUCUGCCCACCUGCACAGUAUUCGGAAACGUUCAAACACAGCUGAAAGCAAAUCGGGAUGCUGUGGAUAAUGAAAAUAUUUUUAGAUUCCUUUUUUUCCGGGGGCGGGGGGGGGAAUUGAUAGGCGAUGGGGGUUGGGGAGGGCGGGGGGGCCUUUCUUGAGUUAAGGGGGUUUCUGUCUGAUGUUAAUACUUCUUUCGCUGAGAAAUGGUAUAUAUACGCGUGUACAGUGUGUGCGUGUGCGUGUGCGUGAGUGCUAGAAGCACGGCCCCCUGCACAGCACCAGCUGAGCUGUUGGUCGCGCUCCUGGCAUGGACAGCAGGUGCUUUGGGUUGAGCUGCCUGAAGUGUGUUUGCAGGGAGGGGGCCCCAUCAGGGCCAAACUCACCAGGAGUCCUGUGGGGGGCGGGGAAGGGUAAUGGGGCUGGGGCUCCCCGCCUCCGCCCCGCCCCACCCCACCUGCAGGAGGCCGCUUUGCCGUCAGGGAGGCUGGUGGGUUCCGUGCAGAUCCUGGGAAAAUCUAAUAUGAUUGGCCGCCUCUCCGCGGGGCUGCGGGACCAGGGCUGGCAGGACGCCUGCUCUGCCGCAUGAGGUCUGUCCCAGGAGCCAGGAGGGGCUGGCCGUUCUCUCGGACUGUGUCCCAUCGGAGCAGGUGUGGCCUGGGAAGCACCCCACUGGCAGAAGGAAGAAGGCAAGAUAAUGCUUCAAGCCUAGGAGCUGGUCAGCGAAUGGCUGCUGGGUCCUCAUUCUCCCAGCAGAACGUGAGCUGGGCUGGGGCCGGACUUGCUCCAGCCUCCCGUGGGUGUCCCCAAGAGGACACUCCCUGCAUGCCUCCGGGAUCCAAGGGAGGGAGGGUUUGGGUCCCAGGAGACUUGGAGGAAAGGAAUUUGGACAGACCAGGAAGGGAGCUGUUGCAUGAGGCGGAACAAGCCCCCACCCCCGCCAGAGGCCGGCCUCUCCCUCCCCAAACCCUGCCAUCUCUCUACUUUGUGAAAACCAGGGGGGGGAGUGUGAUAAAAGGCCUGGCAGGGGCACCAGCCACCCUGAGACCCUGAGACACCAGACUCCUGAGCAUUUCAGCUGAGAAGCAGAGGAAGGCUUGUGUAAAUAGCCCGUCGUCUGUGAGAUAAGGCUGAGCAGGACGCCUUGCCCCUGGCCUUCCUGGGCUGCAGCUGCCUUGCCAAGUGGCACCAGUGGUGACCAGUGGGAACUGGCUGCCUGGGCCUACCCUCCUCACCCCUGCCCCCCCACCCAGCCUCCUCCCCAUCUGCCCUGUCCCCCGUCCAGCCCCACCGCCCACCCAGCAGUCAGAACUGAAAACACCUCUGGACCCAGGACCCACCUGCUGAGUGACACGGCAGCAGGACCAGGGCAGACACACGGUGACAGGCCACCCAGUGGUGUCCUCUGUGCUGGAGUCAGGGACACAAGCCUCCUUGUCCCUCAGGAUGGAGGCCUGCCUCCCUCUUGGGGCCCAGGGGCAACAGGUCAUGGCAGAGUGUCCCCUCCGCCAGCCCUGGGGACCCAGAGGAAACCCGUUCGGAGCCAGGCAGGUUAUAAGCGCCCAGAUACAUCAGUGAUCAAGAGCCCAGACCUGGCCCUUACGUUGUCCUGGAGGAAAGGGGACGCCCAGGUCUCUGGCUCCAGACCCGGCCAGUGUGAGAGGACCGGCCAGUCCCAUCAGGGUGACAGGGAAACAGCCUGUGACCAGUGAGUCUGCACAGCCUCAGGGAAGUUCUCCUUUCCCAGCAGGGCCAAGAGCCGGGGCCCAGCCUCUGCCUUGGGGAGGGGCGGCUUAUCAGUCUCUCCAGGGGGACAGCUAGGCCUGGUUUAGGUCACCUCUCUCGUGACUCUGGCCAGCUGGGCCCAUCACUUUGGAAGAAGCAGAGCUGGGAGGGGCCUGUGGAUGCAUUUCCUGAAGGCAGCAAGGGGCCUGAGGCCCAGGGCAGUGGAAGCACCAAUUGGCCUCACGCUGCCAGGGCUGCCAGACUCAACACCCAGCACAGGACACCCCCACAUGUAGCCAGGUCGGGGUGAAGGGGACACCAGACUGCUCAGGGUCUCCCUGUCCUGUCCCGACCCAGGGCCUCCCAUGCUAAAGGCAGAUCCAGUCACUGGCCACCAGUAGCCGGCCCAGCAGCACGGACUCCAGCUCAGGGUCUCAGGGGUAGCGCUGCUCUCUUUUCCAGCCUGGGGCCUGACCCAGAGGCGGGGUGGGUGGGUGGCCUAGGCGGGGGCUCACGAUGGGCAGAGAGGGAAACCGGGCCCCGCUGCAGCCUGUCGUGCCCGCUGCUCUGCGUUUGUGUAAGAACCUUGGCUGGCCAGGCCCAGUUUCCCUGUGGGCUAUUCUAUGUGUUUGCUUCUUUGGAAAUAUACUAAAUCAAUAAAUCGCUGGCGUUUCUUUGAA